UUUUUAUAUUAUGGUAGCAAGUGACAACGGGUGGCAAACAAUUUAGUUGCGAAUAUAUUCUUUUGCCUAUAUAAGAAGUAAAAAACUGUGUAAAACUCAUUUAUUCCUAUAUUAUCCAUCAUAUUCUCUUUUUAUGAGGAGUUUUCUAUUCCAUAUGUGCUGACUACACAAUUUAUCAAAUUAUGGACGGAAUGCCCGGAAGUGAGGUUGGCCCACCUCCACCUAUGAUGUUGGACUCGCAGCAGCUGCGACACAUGGAGCAGCAGGAAAUUCAAAAGCAACUAGCAAGCGUGCCAUCCCCUAUGAGUAUGCCGCCUCCCCAAAUGAUGGGAAUUCCACCACCUCCGAUAUCGAACCCAAACAAUUUUCCUCAAAUGGAACCUCAAAAACCGCCUCUCCCUAGCCUCUUGACACUCAAAAUUACACCUCCGACUGAUCUUCCUAAUCCUAAUCAACCUGAACAAGGAGAAAAGGUAUCAGAUCCAAGCAACAUGAAGUUACCUGCAGCUCUCGAGCAGGCGUUGGCCUUCAAAAACGAGAGAGUCAGAGAACUCGGUGAGUUUGAUCCAAAUGAUCAAAUGAGUACUAAUAUUCCUCGCGAGACAAUCAUUCCAGAUGAUAUUACUGGUUUGGAUGAUUUACUUCCUGAUCCUGAAAUUACUUCCGAGAAAAUGGAUACGCGGUCUAGCAAGAUUAAAAAGAAGAAAAAGAAGAAGAAGAAAAAACACUCCGUUGAACAGAAAGAGUUUGAUGAGAGCACAAAAGAAUCAUCCAGCGAUUCAAAGUCAAAAGAAAAUAUGCCAGAAAUUGAAUAUAUACAAGAAAUUCCUGGAAUUCAAGAUUUGGAACCGAUGUAUCGGCAAUUUGCGAGGGUUUUUGAGGCCUUUAAACUCACAGAACCUGAACCUCGUCCUGCGGAUGAUAAGGGAGAAUUAAUUGGUCAGUAUCCACCUAUUUCGGCUACUCCGGCCUCAAUGCUUUCCAGCAAGGUUCCUCUAAUAGAUGAAUUUGAUGAUGAUGCUGGCGGGCAGCAGCAGCAACAGGGCCUCGGUGAAAAUGGAGCUCCAAGAUUGUCUAAACGAAAGCUGAAGAGGUUGACGAGGCUGAGUGUUGCAGAACUAAAGCAACUUGUAGGACGGCCAGACGUUGUUGAAAUGCACGAUGUCACUGCCAGGGACCCAAAACUUUUAGUGCAAUUAAAAGCGCAUAGAAAUACAGUACCAGUGCCUCGGCACUGGUGCUUCAAGAGAAAAUAUCUACAGGGAAAACGGGGUAUUGAAAAGCCACCGUUCGAUUUACCAGAUUUUAUCAAACGGACAGGAAUUACUGAAAUGCGCGCAAGUUUGCAAGAGCGUGAUGAUACGAGAACUUUAAAGGCAAAAAUGAGGGAACGUGCACGACCAAAAAUGGGGAAAAUAGAUAUCGAUUACCAAAAACUGCAUGAUGCCUUUUUCAAAUGGCAGACAAAACCAAGGAUGACCAUACACGGUGAUCUUUAUUAUGAAGGAAAGGAAUUCGAAACUCGACUUAAAGAAAAAAAACCUGGAGAAUUAUCCGAUGAGCUGCGAACAGCUUUGGGAAUGCCGAUUGGUCCCAAUUGCCAUAAAGUGCCACCACCUUGGCUAAUUGCUAUGCAGCGUUAUGGUCCUCCUCCGAGUUAUCCAAACCUCAAAAUUCCAGGUUUGAACGCCCCCAUUCCGGAAGGUUGUGCUUUCGGAUACCACGCUGGAGGAUGGGGAAAGCCACCAGUAGACGAAAAUGGCCGACCUCUCUACGGAGAUGUUUUCGGAAUAGCUCGCGCACCAGGAAGCGACGCUUUAGAUGAAGACGUCGACCGCGGACUUUGGGGCGAACCUGAAUCCGAAUCAUCAGGAGAGGAAGAUGACGAUGAGGAUGAUGAAGGCGGCGAAGGCGAAGGGGAUAUGAAAGAAGGUGAAGGUGAUGUUAGUGGUCUUGUCACUCCAGGUGCCGAGGGUCUCAUCACCCCAAGCGGUAUAGCAUCAAUCCCUGCUGGUCUCGAGACUCCAGAGACAAUUGAGUUACGAAAAAAGAAAAUAGAGAGCGAAAUGGAAGGUGGAGAUACUCCCGCUUUGUAUACAGUCCUUCAGGAGAGAAGAACAGAGGGACUUGGAAGUAGCAUGAUGGGUAGUACUCAUGUCUAUGAUAUGACUGGUGCUGGUGGCCAGGCACCACCUUCAGUUCUUGCUGCAAGACGUGGAAUUAGCGGUACAUCGACAGAUACCAGAGAAAAAGAUGGAACCGUAGAACUGGCGCUGGAUCCCAGUGAAUUAGAUCUUGAUUCGGAAACUAUGGCUUCACGUUAUGAAGAAUCAAUGCGUUCCAAGCACGGGCACAGAAGAGAAGAUUUAUCUGACAUGCUUCAGGAUCACGUCCAAAGACAAAAGAGCAAGCGGAAAAGGCAACAAAACACAGACAGCAAAUCCUCAAAGAAAUACAAGGAAUUCAAGUUUUAAAUACUUUCGUUUUUUUAUUAUUUCACUUUAUGAAAGAAGCCGUGCACGGCGAUUGGUAGAGUCUAAUGAAAGUUUGAGAAAGGUUUGAACUGUUAACGAAAUUGGUAUGUCAACUAAAACGUAAUGCAACAGUAUGUUUAUUGAAUUUACAUAUAGGAUAUUAAAUUAUCAUACAAUAGAA